AUGUCCGGUUACCUUACAAUCCUACUUUUAUCCCGCAACCGUCCUACCGUUUAUCUCGACAAUUUUAAUAUUGUUUCACUGAUAAACACAUCCAGUUCGUCGACAAACACCGCAAUCUAUUUGGAACUGAGAAUCCAGAAUGAGAACUCGUGGAUAGGCGUUUACUACGAGGAUCCUCUAAAUCUCACCAUCACUUAUUUGCAAUCAACUGUAUCAACAGGCAGCAAUGUUAUCAUCGAACGAUCUACCAUUAAAGGCUUUUAUCAAGGCAACGGAGAGGUUAAACAUAUCCAAGCAUCUGUGGUGAUUCAAGACUUGUUUUCAACAACUGAACGACCAAGGAGACUGGGUGAGACGAACGUUAAGAUGUAUGGUCCAUCGAAAAUGAUCGACUUCGUAGUGGAUUUGGAGGCCGACAUAAAGUUCAAGUGUAUUGAGAACAAAAAGUCUCAUCUGACGAUGCAAUCUACUGUGGAGGUUAGCGACUACACUGGGACGUCUGUUCUAAAGACUAUUCAAAUGAAGUACACUUCUGGAUCGAAUGAUUGGGGAGUUUGGCGGUGGGUACUUGCAGUUCCUCUGAGUUGCGAAAGAAAGUCUUCACUUGAUCUAAUUUAA